GUCACUCUGCACCGGCGCGGUGGCUGCGGGGCGGGCAGGACAGGAGCCGGCACAGACACCGAGCGCCGCCCGCCCGCACCUCCCCGCGCCCCCCGGCGCCCCCGGCCCCCCUCGCCGCUCCCCGGGGCGGGGCCGCGCCCUCUGAGUGGGGGAUGCCGGCCGCGCCCCGCGACCCCAGCCCCGGCCAGCCCCCUGCGCACCGGGGGACCCCGGGCGGCCGUGGCCGGGCGCGCUGAGCUGGUGCUGAAGGGACAGCUCCCGGCCGAGCCCCGCAGCCCCGGGCGGCUCAUGGUCCCGGAAGCCGAAGCCCAGGCCCGGGCGGGGGUGCUGGGGAUGCCCCGCGAGUGAGGCCCCCGCUGCAGCCGCGUUCAUGGCGGUGGCCAGGAAGAUCCGAACUUUGCUGACGGUGAACAUCCUGGUGUUCGUGGGCAUCGUCCUGUUCUCCGUGUACUGCCGCCUGCAGGGCCGCUCCCAGGAGCUCGUGCGCAUCGUGAGCGGCGACCGCCGGGUGCGCAGCCGACACGCCAAGGUGGGCGCGCUGGGGGACCGCGAGGCCAUCCUGCAGCGCCUGGACCACCUGGAGGAGGUGGUCUACAACCAGCUCAACGGCCUCGCCAAGCCCAUUGGCCUGGUGGAGGGGCCAGGAGGCCUGGGCCAGGGCGGCUUGGCGGCCACCCUGCGUGAUGACGGCCAGGAGGCAGAAGGCAAGUACGAGGAGUAUGGCUACAACGCUCAGCUCAGCGACCGCAUCUCCCUGGAUCGGAGCAUCCCCGACUACCGGCCCAGAAAGUGCAGACAGAUGAGCUACGCCCAGGACCUGCCCCAGGUCUCCGUGGUCUUCAUCUUCGUCAACGAGGCGCUGUCGGUCAUCCUGCGCUCCGUGCACAGCGUGGUCAACCACACACCCUCCCAGCUCCUCAAGGAGGUCAUCCUGGUGGACGACAACAGUGACAACGUGGAGCUCAAGUUCAAUCUGGACCAGUAUGUCAACAAGCGGUACCCGGGCCUCGUGAAGAUCGUCCGCAAUAGCCGGCGGGAAGGACUGAUCCGCGCCCGGCUGCAGGGCUGGAAGGCGGCUACCGCCCCAGUCGUCGGCUUCUUCGAUGCCCACGUCGAGUUCAACACGGGCUGGGCGGAGCCCGCACUGUCUCGGAUCCGAGAGGACCGGCGUCGCAUCGUGCUGCCAGCCAUAGACAACAUCAAGUACAGCACGUUUGAGGUGCAGCAGUACGCCAACGCUGCCCACGGCUACAACUGGGGCCUCUGGUGCAUGUACAUCAUCCCCCCGCAGGACUGGCUGGACCGCGGCGAUGAGUCGGCGCCCAUCCGGACCCCGGCCAUGAUCGGCUGCUCCUUCGUGGUGGACCGCGAGUACUUCGGAGACAUCGGGCUGCUCGACCCUGGCAUGGAGGUGUACGGUGGCGAGAACGUAGAACUGGGCAUGAGGGUGUGGCAGUGUGGUGGCAGCAUGGAGGUGCUGCCCUGCUCCCGCGUGGCCCACAUCGAGCGCACCAGGAAGCCCUACAACAACGACAUCGACUACUAUGCCAAGCGCAAUGCCCUGCGCGCCGCCGAGGUGUGGAUGGACGACUUCAAGUCCCACGUGUACAUGGCCUGGAACAUCCCCAUGACGAACCCAGGGGUGGACUUCGGGGACGUGUCUGAGAGGCUGGCCCUGCGCCGGAGGCUGAAGUGCCGCAGCUUCAAGUGGUACCUGGAGAACGUGUACCCGGAGAUGAGGAUCUACAACAACACCCUCACGUACGGAGAGGUGAGAAACAGCAAAGCCAGCGGCUACUGCCUGGACCAGGGAGCGGAAGACGGCGACCGGGCGAUCCUCUACCCCUGCCACGGGAUGUCCUCCCAGCUGGUGCGGUACAGCGCUGAUGGCCUGCUACAGCUGGGGCCUCUGGGCUCCACAGCCUUCUUGCCCGACUCCAAGUGUCUGGUGGAUGACGGCAGGGGCCGCACGCCCACCCUGAGGAAAUGUGAGGAUGUGGCGAGGCCCACACAGCGGCUGUGGGACUUCACCCAGAGCGGCCCCAUUGUGAGCCGGGCCACGGGCCGCUGCCUGGAGGUGGAGAUGUCCAAAGAUGCCAACUUCGGGCUCCGGCUGGUGGUGCAGAGGUGCUCGGGGCAGAAGUGGAUGAUCAGAAACUGGAUCAAACACGCACGGCACUGACCCCGCCUCUGUCUGGACCCCCCACGGACCUCAGGAAGGCACUGGGCCAAGCCAGUGUGGCUGAGUGGCCGGGGUAUGCCCAGCAGACACAGCAGGGCAGGGCUCUAUGUGCGGCCAGGACAGCAGAGGCCAAGGGGCCGGGCUGUGGCUGAGUGACCAGGGUGUCAGCCACUGCAUCUGGAGUACAGCUCCUCCUAGGACAGGCGGCUCUACCCAAGGGAGGGCGUCUGGGGACAGUGACACCGACUCAAACACGUGCCUUCUCCACGGUAUCUCCUGGCCAGGCUGCUGGGACAGACGCCACCUCUGCAUGUACCACAGCCCCCUACGCCCCACAGGGUGGCCAAGCCCCAGACCACGCGCCAGGCGGUGCCCCGGUGUCUUCCACCCGCGGCCUCCCAUGCUCCAAGCAGCCUCCCCCAGCCCUUGCAACCGCUCAGCCCUCCAACCGAGACCUAAGUCACACAUCACAACGCAGCUCCUCGUGGUCUGGUAAGAGGGGUGCUGGGGGACAUGGACAGUGACAAACCUGAGGCUGGUGCGACUGCUUCAGCAGAGACCAAAUAAAGAGGAUUAGGCAGCAGCGCUGUGUGUGUCUUCCUUGGAGCUGAGCUGGGGGGUGGGGCCUAGGCUGCCACAGCCCUCGCCUGUUUUAAUAAAUACAGUUUUAUUGGCGCCCAGCCA